CCAUUUAUAUAACUACCGUUUUUGCCACCCUUCCCUCUCAUUCCUGCAGCCAAUCUUAUCCGAUAUAUAUCUACCAUGGAACACAACGAACACUACCACCAUCACCAACAAACCUCAAAUCUUCUAUCACCGGAGCGUGAGUUAGAAAUCAUGGUGUCAACGCUAAUCAACGUCAUUUCCGGCAAUGUGUCCGACACUAGUACUACUUCAGCCACCCAAGCGUUUACUUUGCAAGAGCUACUAGUGAGUGACACUUGCCACCAAUGCGGCAUCGAAAAAUGCUUAGGCUGUGACUUAUUCGUCGCUGCUGAAGAACAUAGCCAACAGGGCAAGAAGAAGAAGAAUAAGAAGAAUAAGUAUAGAGGAGUGCGGCAACGGCCUUGGGGGAAGUGGGCGGCCGAGAUUAGGGAUCCUUCACAGGCUGUGAGGAAAUGGUUAGGGACUUUCAAUACUGAAGAGGAGGCGGCGAGAGCUUAUGAUUCUGCCGCCAUUAGGUUUCGGGGACCCCGGGCGAAGCUCAACUUUCCUUUUCCUGAUCAAGAAGCUUCCAAUUCAAACAAAGAGUGUGAGGUUGAGGAAGGGUUGCAGGGUGAGGAGAGGACGGAGAAAGAGGGGAGUUGGGAUGGGUUGCAGGAUUUGUUUACUUUGGAUAGUGGAACUGGGGAGUUGUUGAAGUUGGCCGGAACUUCGGCGGGGAGUGGUUCUGGUUUCGAUCUUGACCGGUCUCCUCCGGAGAGGUCUUCUUGAUCUCAAUCAAUUGUUGGGUAGUGAAAGAAAGAUUACCGAUGACAGCAGUUGAGCGCCAAAUCGGUUUGAGAUGUCCUUAUUUGGGAUAGGAUGCACUUCAAGCGACCCUAAAUAAAAAUUUUGCAAUAGUGACGCAUAAAUAAUCGUAUACCAUGAGU